AUGUUGCACUCUACAUCGUUGGCGUGGCUCGCUCUGGCCACAGCAAGUCAUGCUCAAUUCGACAUUGAGCAUACUCAGUAUGGGACGAGCCCACCUGUUUAUCCCUCCCCAAAUAUCACCGGCGACGGCGGAUGGGCAGCAGCGUUAGAGAAGGCAAAGGCCUUCGUGGCCCAGUUGAAACUGGACGAAAAGGCCUUUAUGAUCACGGGUUCGGACGGACCUUGCGUGGGCAACAUUGCGCCGAUCGCACGGCUCAACUUCAGCGGGCUUUGUCUUCAGGAUGGUCCGCUCGCAAUUCGACAAGCUGUGCUCACGAGCGUGUUUCCGGCCGGCAUAACAGCAGCUGCAUCAUGGGAUCGCGAAUUGGUCAAGCAGCGCGGUGUUCAAUUGGCUGAAGAGUUCAAAGGCAAGGGCUCACACAUCGCCCUUGGACCAGUGGUUGGACCCCUAGGCCGUGAGCCUUUUGGUGGCCGCAACUGGGAAGGUUUCUCACCUGAUGCCUAUCUGUCCGGAGUGCUUGUAGAAGAGACCAUACUCGGUAUGCAAUCCGCUGGAGUUCAAGCUUGUACAAAACAUUACAUUGGAAACGAGCAGGAGAUCCAGCGCAACCCGAGUACCGUCAAUGGCACCCUUGUCGAUUCCAUCUCAGCUAACAUCGAUGACAAGACUAUGCAUGAGACCUACCUAUGGCCCUUCGCGAACGCUGUCAAGGCGGGAACAGCGUCGCUGAUGUGUAGCUACAAUCGACUUAAUGGCUCCUACGGUUGCCAGAACAGCAAAACUCUCAAUGGCUUGCUCAAGGACGAACUUGGUUUCCAGGGCUAUGUCAUGUCCGACUGGAUGGCUACGCAUUCAGGUGUUGCGGCUAUUGAAGCUGGGCUAGACAUGAACAUGCCUGGCGGUAUUGGCUUCAGUGGCGGAGCGCCAGCUUCCCUUUGGGGCGGCAAUGUUUCAGUCGCUGUCAACAACGGUUCUUUGGCCAUUGAGCGUGUUGACGACAUGAUCCACCGAAUCAUGACCCCGUACUAUCAUCUCGGUCAGGACCUUAAUUUCCCUGUCGUGGACGAGUCGACCGUACCGCUUAGCUUCUUCUCGAGAGCAAAUUGGAAGUACAACUACACGCUAGGGCCAAUGGUAGAUGUACGCGCUGAGCAUGCGAAACUCAUUCGUGAGCUAGGUGCAGCAGGAACUGUGCUUUUGAAGAACGUCAAUAACACGCUGCCUCUGAAGAAACCUAAGAACAUUGGAGUCUUUGGUAAUGACGCAGCUGAUUUUACCAACGGGCAAUACACCCUUUCGAUCUCAAGUGGGCUUGCUUCCGGCGACUACGAUAUCGGGACGCUUGCUGCUGGAGGAGGAUCUGGCACUGGCCGGUUCACCUAUGUGGUCCCGCCGCUGGACGCCAUCAAGGCCCGUGGCCAGUCAUACGGAGCCCUCAUUCAGUAUGUGACAGACAACUCUGCAGUCGCAGUAGGCGGGCUUAGUUCGCUUUCACCAACACCAUUAGAUGCCUGCAUUGUCUUCUUGAAGUCGUGGGCCAGCGAAGGUGACGAUCGAACUACGCUGAUCGCUGAAUGGAACUCUACGGUAGUGGUGGAAGCAGUGGCUUCCACCUGUGCCAAUACCAUUGUUGUCCUCCAUGGCGCUUCGCCAAACGUGUUGCCAUGGAAGGAUAACGCUAACGUUACAGCUAUUCUGGCAGCCCAUUUCCCUGGUCAGGAGACAGGAAACUCAAUCGUUGACGUACUUUGGGGAGACGUCAACCCCUCCGGAAAGCUCCCUUACACCAUCGCAAACAACGAGACAGAUUACGACCUAAAAAUAGUCAACAGCACCGAGCUCCUAGAGUCAACGAAUCCGAACGCUUGGCAGGACGACUUCAAAGAAGGCAACUUGAUCGACUAUAAGGAAUUUGAUGCCGCGAACAAAAGUGUGGCGUAUGAGUUCGGCUUCGGCCUGAGCUACACGACCUUCGAGCUCUCCGACCUACAGAUACAGGCUGCUGUCUCCAAGCCCUCGCGUAUCCCUAGCUCAUCAGCCAAGAUCGUCCCCGGUGGCAACGAGGAGCUAUGGCAGACGCUGGUAACUGUGUGCGCGUCGAUCAAGAACACCGGUGCUGUGGAAGGUGCCGCUGUGCCACAGCUGUAUGUAUCAUUUCCAGCUGAAGCAGGCGAAAAGACGGUACGAAGCCUUCGCGGUUUCGAUAAGAUCUUCCUAGCGGCGGGAGAGGUGUCCACGGUCGAGUUCCCGCUCAUGCGCCGUGAUCUCAGCUACUGGGAUGUUGCUACUCAGAAUUGGAGGCUUCCUUCGGAGCCCAUCACUGUGGACGUCGGAUUCAGCUCCCGCGACUUGAAACUCAACGGAAAGCUUACUGUGUAA